UCGACAGAGCCGAAAUCGACACUUUCUUACGCGAGAUGUUUGCUGUAUAAAUAAGGAAAAUAUACACACAAGCUAAACUUGUGUAUUAAAAUGACCAUUUAGAAGAGAAAACGGAAUAUAUGAGCUAUUCCGUUGAUAGAAAACGUUACAAUCGUAAAAAGAAUAUGGAAUAGAUCUCGUCUCGUAAGGCCGCGUAUACAAUAACACGUUGAGAAGAAUUUGAUAUUUAUAGCCGAUAUUGAUUGAUACGGUUAUUGAUAACGAAAUGUCAAAUAAUAGCUGCAAAAUUACAUGCAUUUAUCUUGUAACCGUGUGUACGCCGAGUGAUGCUUACACAAGGGAGAGUGAUGAGUGUACGAUAUUUUAAGACAUCGGUUUCUUCGCGAUUGCUAAAAUGCCAUUCAGUGCACUUAAGUUUCACUUAAAGAAAAGCAGACAAUACAACGUUGUAUCCAAGAACCAGUAUGUCAUCUGUGUCGAAUUGUUGGAUACUACUUCCAUAGAAUGCACACUCAGUAUUGACAGUGUCGGUCAGGAAUGUCUGAACAAUGUGACACAGCGUUUGGGACUGGGACAGCCAGAAUUCUUCGGCUUACGCUACCUUUGCUGUCACGGUACAGCCUCGUUGCGAUGGGUAGACAUGGACAAACCCUUGAAAAGACAACUUGAGAAAGAUGCUAAGAACUUUACGCUUUAUUUAAGAGUUAUGUACUAUGUUACAGAUGUUCAACUUAUUCAAGAUGAUAUGACAAGAUAUCAUUAUUAUCUACAAUUGAAGAGUGAUAUAUUUGAAGAUAAAAUACAUUGUAAUUCUAGACAAGCUUGUUUAUUAGCAAGCUAUUCUAUGCAAGCUGAGUUUGGAAAUUAUAGUUCAGAAAAACACACAACUGAAUAUCUCCAACAAUGUACUUUCUUUCCGAAUGAUGUGAUUAAGACAGAUCCAGGUGGGCAAGAUUCUCUCUUACAUACAGCAAUAUGUCAAUACAAGAGUCUUGUUAAUGUUACACAAGCUACUGCAGAAGAGCUGUAUAUUUCAAUUGCUACGCAAUUAGAAGGAUAUGGCAAUGAAACGUUCACUGCAAAGGAUAACAGUAAUAAUAAAGUUAUCCUUGGAAUUUCCGUCAAUGGAAUUAUGAUGGUUUAUCCUAACACGCAAGCAACACAAUUUUACAGAUGGAGAGACAUCAGUAAUGUCAUAAAUCACAAAAAAACGUUUAGGAUAGAGUGCCAAUUGGAAGGUGAAGAAGCAAAACAAUUUUUAUUUUCUGAAUCACGUGAUGCAAAAUAUAUAUGGAGAUUAUGCAUAGCUCAGCAUACAUUUUAUAUGCAGUAUCAAGAACGUCGUCCAUUGGAAAGAACUAAUGGCUACUUUGAUAAUGAGACAAACGAUUCUAGCGAACAAGCAGUAUCCGUAAAUUUGGAAAGUCGAAAUACGGACAAUCAUACGCGAUGGACAAGCUACAAUGACCUUUCAACAUCGCCAUAUCCUGUUGUAUCCGUUUCAUCAACGGAUAUAAAUAGUUUGCGCGCAUUAUUACCAUCCUACAGACCAGCACCCGAUUAUGAAACGGCGGUACAAAUGAAAUACAAUAAUGGAGGAAAUCCUCCUCAGCCUUAUUACGCGAAUCAAUCCGCGAUAGUUGGCUCGGACAUUUCAUGUCUCCUUGGUAAUGUCAAUCGCAAUAGAUAUUGAGCUUAAUGAAACAUGAGAUUACAUGAUGAUAUCAAAAGUUAUAACUGUAAUAUACAAGUAGACUUAGAUUAGUGAUAUAUGCGAAAGAGAUUCAACAUAUGUUAUUAAGGCUAUCAGCAACAACAUGCGUGCGCACAAAUUUGCUAACGUUUUAGACAUUUAAAGUUUUAUCACUUUAAUGAAAUUAUUGUAUUAUCCAUCCUGAACAGAAAAUGUAGUGUGAAGGAAUAUAAAUCAUAGUCAACAUUGUUUGUUUAA